AUGUACGAGUCACAGACCUGUUGUUACUCUAAUGUGGUCCUGAAGCUGACCCAGAUGAUUGGGAAGAACGUGAAGCUGUAUGACAUGGUUCUUCAGUUCCUCCGGACGCUUUUCCUCAGAACUCGUAAUGUUCACUACUGCACGCUCCGAGCAGAACUGCUCAUGUCUCUGCACGACCUCGACAUCAGCGAGAUCUGCUCUGUGGACCCCUGCCACAAGUUCACCUGGUGUCUCGACGCUUGUAUCAGGGAGAAGUUUGUUGAUGGUAAAAGAUCUCGAGAACUACAGGGUUUUCUGGACGGAGUGAAGAAGGGACAGGAACAGGUCCUGGGAGACCUGUCUAUGAUCCUGUGUGACCCUUUCGCCUGCAACACUCUGGUUCUGAGUCUCAUCAAGAACAUCCAGGAGCUGCUGAGUCAGGACGCCCUGCCCAGGGACAGCUCUGACCUGAUGCUUCUGUUGAGGAUGUUGUCUUUGGGUCAAGGAGCGUGGGAUAUGAUUGACAGCCAAGUCUUCAAAGAACCUCGUCUGGACCUGGAGGUUGUGACCCGCUUCCUUCCCUCCAUGAUGUCCGUUGUUGUGGACGACCACAUUCAUGUUGUUGAACAGAAGCUUCCGAGUGAAGAGAAGAGCUCCCUGAGCUACCCCUCUGCUCUGCCUGAGGGCUACACCAGGUUCCUGCAGGAGAACAGAGUGGCCUGUGAGAUGGGGCUUUACUACGUUCUGCACAUCGCUAAACUCCGGAACAAGAACGCUCUUCAGAGACUGCUGCCCUCUCUAGGUCAGUCUGACCUGACCCCCGACCCUUGA